CGCAACGAAAAUCUUGUAUAUUUUAACAUGCACAAAGAACUAAAGAGUACGCAGUUUGUACCUCUCAUCUGCAACUUCGAAUAAUGUUGGGUUAAUUUUAUCCAUAAACUAUUUUUUUAAAUAAUUAAUCCUCGAAUAAGUGACAACACCGGCAGAGGUAUGAAAGAAAGUUAUGAAUGACAUUUUGACGUUUCAAAUGUCAACAUUCUUUAAUUUAUUUUUUUCACAUUGAACAAAAUUCGCAGCAAUGUAAUCCGUUAAACGAUAAGUCCCACAUUUCUUAUCACCAACGGAGACGUAAAUAAAACGUGCUAGUGGAUCAGUUAUCAUAAAUUUUCCAUAAUUCGAACCGUCUCUCUUUCAUUACUCUGUCUAUAAAUAAAUACAAUGGACAAGGGAUCAUACGAAAAAUUAUCAAUAAGGGAGUCCGCCCGGUCCUUAAAAAAAUACGGUAGUACUAGCAAACAUGUAAAUAGAAAUGAAAACUGUAUUAAACACUAUGUUUCGAAUACUGACACACUUCAAGGAAUAGCUUUAAAAUACGACGUUACGAUUGAGCAGAUUCGUCGGAUUAAUCGUUUAUGGGCUUCGGAUAGUUUAUUCCUUAAAGAAUAUUUAUUAAUACCAGUACGUGAUAGUAGUGUGCCCGUUAAAACCAGUGAACCUCCGCCGAUAGUCAGUCCAACACAGAUCUCAUCUCCCAUAAGCAAUAGCAGUUUCGAUGAAGACAAUGUAGAAGAUUUUUUAGGAAAAAUAGAUGCCGCGAUUGCAAAUACGAAAAAAGAAGUGAAAAGAACACAAAACAAUAGCGAAUAUGCAUCCAAUACAGAAUAUGAAAUAGAGAAAAGGAAAGUCCCCAUUUCUCGAAUGAGAAGGUCGGUCAAUAAUAAUGGCUCCAGUGAUCUGUUUUCACCACCUCAUACUAUCGUAGUACAACAAGGGCGAAAAGUAAAGUCGUCGCUACAACAACACGAGCAACAACAAGAUGAAUUGUUCGAGUUGUAGCACACGCAUUCAAUAAUCUCAUUUUAAUGCAUAAUCAUACUGAAUGAUUAAGUACGUAUUUAAAUUACAUUCUUAUUAAAUUUUAAAAGUUUGUUGUUUAUGUUAUUAAUUUAAUUAUGUUACCUAUGAAGACUUUAUUUAAUUGUAGUCUUAAGUUUAUUUUGUUUGGAGUUUUAUUUUUGUAAUAAAAUUGUUAACUGCAGGAGUUACUUCCAAUUGGAAUUUAUGGCUACUUAAUGUUACUACUAAUAAAAUAUUUGUACUACUGAAA